AGGUCGCAGGUGUCGCCCCGUCCCCGCCGGGAUGAGCCACGGCCACCGCCACAGCCACCACCACCACCGCCGCGGCCCCCGGGCCGACAUGGUGCCCGAGAUCGCCGCCGCCGUGGGCUUCGUGUCCGGCCUGCUGCGGACGCGGGGCUGCGUCAGCGAGCAGCAGCUGCAGGUGUUCAGCGGGGCGCUGCGGGAGGCGCUCACAGAGCACUACAAACACCACUGGUUCCCAGAGAAACCCUUCAAAGGCUCCGGGUACCGCUGCAUCCGCAUCAACCACAGGAUGGAUCCCAUCAUCAGCAAGGCAGCCAGGCACAUUGGACUGAGCCUCCCUCAGCUCUACCAGCUCCUGCCCAGCGAGCUCACGCUCUGGGUGGAUCCCUACGAGGUCUCCUAUAGGAUCGGGGAGGACGGAUCCAUCUGCGUCUUGUACGAUGCCACGGCCACCAAACCCCCCAGUUCUUAUGGAGGGAUGCUCACCUGCAAGAACCAGAUGAUGCUGGGUCGUACCAGCCCUUCCAAAAACUACAUCAUGACUGUUUCCAGCUAAAAAAAAAAAAAAAAAAAAAAAAAAUCCCUGAGAAACACGACAAAAAAAAAAAAAAAUCUCCUCCUUGUCCUUACACUGCCAAGACACAGGCUACUGUAAUACCUCAAGCUGAGGAACUAUUUUUAAAAUGAAGAGCUAUUUAUAUUUUUUUUUUAAGAAAAAGCCUCCAGAAAAUCCAAAAUUAAAAUUUGGGUGCCGCUCUGAGCUGAGGCGGUGCCCCAGGUGCCUUUUCUAAAGCUGUUGCAAGCUUGUGAGUUUAUUUUUUUUUAUUGUUAUUAUUCUUGUGAAGCUGGGAUCUACCUAAUUUAGCCUUGAAUGGCAGUUUUGUGGCUGGCUUUGCUCACCUUGGAGCAUCUUGGAAAUGGGGGAUGAGGGAAUGAAGCCAGGCUGGGAAUGUCACCUUGUCACCACCCUGCUCUGCUGGUGCUGGAUUUGGUGUCACCUCAGGGCUGGGUGACCCUGGGGACAAUGAGAUUCCUGUCCUGGAUGUUCUGCAGCACAGGGGGUUUGUCCCCAGCCCUCCCCACUUCACCUGGAAGGGCUCACCUGGGUCGUGGAGCAGGGCAGGGAUGCCCUGGGAGUGUCCCCAAGGUGACUGGUGGUGGCACUGAGGGGACGUUCCUGGUGCUGCCAGCGCCCUGCUGUCACCACACGGAGCAAGGCUGCUCCAGCUGGGAAUUCCAAAGUUCUUCUGCUCCCAGGGGCUCAGCCCAGCCCUGGUGGCCUCUCAGUGUCCCCAGGGCUGCCACCUCCUCUGUGUGUCCCUUGUCCCUAAGCCUGCAGAAGUUUGGUGUGUGACGCUCCCAUUUUUGCUGCCUUUUCUCCUCAAAUCUGGAGUUUUUUUGGGGGGCUCUGUGUGGGUUUCUCAGGUUGUUUUGGGGUCCUGAUGUUGCUUUUUAAAUCCACAGCGCUUUCCCCCCCCCCCUUGCUUUGGGGAAAGGGAUUUGGGUCCCAUCUCUUCAUCAACAAAACUUUUUGCACAAUUUUAAAAUUCCUGCUGCUGUGCUCUGCCUCUUUCCUUUUCCACUCCCAGCAAUCAGGGAAGCUCCGCCCAGGUUUUAUUUGGGAUUUGGCCUUUCAACCCCAAAUUUAAGACCCCUAAAGUCCCACCUGCCUUUCCUGGGAUAUCCCACAUCCUCUGCCUUUUUCCCACCCCCUGGUGCUCCCCCAGGGAUCCUGGGAGAACACUGGACCAUGGAUGUGCUUGGUUGUAGCAAAACUUCCUGGAUUUUUUUCUCUCAGCUGAGCCUUCCACUUUUCCUGACCUGGCAAAACCAGAGCUGUUCUCACCCAGCCCGUGAUGAUUCAAGUUCUCAAGAUAUUUGUGCAAUAAAUUUCCAACUCCUGGGUGCUGUGGGACAGGAAGGAAGCUCCCAUCUGGUUCUUUAAUACAUUCAAUAAUCCAGCUCAGCAACCUAGCCCUGAAAAAAUUCAGAUUUUUUGUUUUGUUUUGGUUUUUUUUUUUCUUUUUUGCAAGCUCCCAGACCAUCAGAACUGGAAAAUCAGCCUCGAUUCUCAAAUCCUUUUAUUUUGUUGGGUUUUUUUUGUUUUGUUUUUUUUUUUUUUUUUUUUUGAAGUGUGAGGUCCUUGAGGAGAUCAGAGCAGAGUCUGGAGUUGCAUCACUUCCCUCUUCACUCGAAUUUCUCACGUCAGCAAAGCAGAAAAAAAAAAAGCACGGGGGGGAGCUUUUCCCGGGGUAAACUUGUGCAAUAGGUGACCUCACCCACAGGGCAGUGCCUGGAAAUGUCAAAAAAAAAAAAAAAAAAAAAAAACAACAAACCAGCAAAUUCCCUUUUCCAGGAAAAGGGGAUCUCAGUGCUUUAUUUUGGGAUUGCUCACUUUAACCUGCCUGAUGUGCAGAACCCACAGUGGGAGCUGCCCCGGGAGGAGCUCGGGGCAGAAUUUUGGGCAGGAUCAAAGCAGCUUGGAAGUUUAAUUCAUUCCCUCCCUUCUUCCCCUGAGAAGUUUUCCAGGAUUUUCCCACCGAAGGAGCACCCCAGACCCAAACCAGCCUCGCUCUCCUCACCCCUGGGGAUGCAGGAGCCAAAUACCCAAGGUGUCUUUUUAAUUAUUAUUAUUUAAUGAAGCUUCAAAACCAAGCCAAUGUGGGUGGAAUCCACUUCUCUCUCGUAGCUGGUGACACAAAAAGCUGUGAAUUCCUGUGCUCUUGUUGCCUUUUGUCUCCGAGCCUGAUGUGAUGUGGAUUUUGAGACCGUGUCUUUGAGGGGGUUCCUGUCUUUAUCAUUAUUUUAUUUUAUUUUUAACCAAGCUGGACUGUUGAACGGGACCUGCUUUUUUUUUUUCUUCUUUUUUUUUUUUUUUUCUUUUUUUUGUGAAAAUGGUCGAAAUUCCGUGAGGAAUUGGAGGAGGGAGCAGCUGGCUCCUGAUGUACAGUAAUGUUUUAUACCCAGAGUGUACAGAUCCCCGAUGUUUUUUUGUUACUUUAAUAAAAAUUUAGCAUUAUAACCCAACCUGCCUCGUUCCUGGGAGCUCACAGAGAACAUUUGGGAUCCCAAAAAUCCCACAGUGGGAACGUUGUGGUGGUGACUGCGAAUUUCCAGCUGCGUCACCCAGGAAAAAAAAAAAAAUUUAAAAAAUAAAAUUUGAUUACUCAACAUGCUGACUGCAAUCCUGGCCUUCCAAACUCCAGGAAUUCCAGCUGGGAAUGACUCAGAAGUGGCUGUGGGUGUCCUGCCCUUCUCUUUCUCAGGACUCUGGGCCUGGUUUAGGAUGGAAAUUUUGUGCCCCGCAUCUGCCCUCCCCAAUCCUGGCAAUAUUUGAUGGGAAUUUUGUCCACUGGGGAUUAAUGGCAGCUCCUGGUGAAGCCACCCUGCCCCUCUCAGUCCUUGCAGGGGUGAGGAAGAGGAGGGAUUGCUGGGGUGGAACCCUGGGGAGGAUGCAGGGCUUUGUCACCGCCGGGGCUGAGUCACAGCAGAUCCUGUUUUGGGUGGGGGAAAAACUCAAGAGCUGUGCCCCACUUCCCAGCCUGGACACCAGGAUUUUUUUUUUUUUUUCCUUAUUCCUUAUUUCCUUAUUUUGUGGGCCUUGUCUCAAUCAGCUUGGGUUUAUUUUGAGCCCAAUUCCCUUUUUUUUUUUUUUUUUUAAAUGGAAUUCAGGAGGGUUUGAUUCACCUGUGACCAAUUCCUUCUUCCACCAGAUCUCCUUUAAGGACCUCGGCCUUAUAUUUUUGACCCAAAACUCCAUUUUUAUGGAAUUCAGGAGGGUUUGAUUCACCUGUAACCAUUCCCUCUUCCACCAGACCUUUAAGGGCCUUGCUCUUGUAUAUUUUGGCCCAAAAUUCCAUCUUUUAGGGAAUUCAGGAAGGUUUGAUUCACCUGUGACCAUUCCCUCUUCCACCAGAUCUCUUUUAAAGGCUCUGGCUCAAUCAUCUUGGCCUUAUUUUCACCCCAAACUCUCUUUUUAUGGAAUUCAGGAGGGUUUGAUUCACCUGCCAGGCUCCCUGGGACUAUUCCCUCUACCACCAAACUUCUUUUAAGGACCUUGGCCUUGUGUUACUUUGCCCCAAAACUCCAUUUUAAUGGAAUUUGGGAUGGUUUAAUUCACCUGUAACCAUUCCCUCUACCACCAGACCUCCUUUGGGGACUUGGGCCUUGUGUUAUUUUGCCCCAAAAACUCCAUUUUAAUGGAAUUUAGGAGGGUUUAAUUCACCUGCAACCAUUCCUUUUACCACUCAAACUUCCUUUGAGGACCUUGCCUUUGUGUCAUUUUGAGCCCAAAACUCCAUUUUCAUGGAAUUUGGGAUGGAUUAAUUCACCAGCCAGGCUCCCUGUGAGUGGAGAUGCCCAAGGGGGCCACAGCCCCUCUCACCUUGGAGAGACAAACACCUCAAAAAAAAAAAAAAAAAAAAAAA